ACGGAUCCCCUCCAGCAGUGCGUCAGAAUAAACAUGAGUACUAGAAAGCUUUCUCUACAAAAAGUGAUGUCUUUCGUAGAAAGUGUGGAUGAAUGUGGCAUUGUAAAUAUGGAUGAUCUGGAUAAAGAGCAGUUAUUAAUGUUAAAGUCCACUUUCGACGCAUUUGACGUGGACAAAAAAGGCUUCAUUUCGGUGGAAAUGAUCGGAACUAUUAUGGACAUGCUUGGAACGCAGCUCGAUUCAAGUGAACUUGAAGACGUGAUUGAAGAAAUUGAUGAAGACGGAAACGGAGAAGUGAGUUUUGAAGAAUUUGCCAAUUUAGCAGCCCGAUUUCUAAUCGAAGAAGAAGAAGAUACCGACGCAAUUCAAACCGAGCUGAAGGGAGCAUUCAGAAUGUAUGACCGAGAAGGCAAUGGAUUUAUUACCAUUGAAGUUUUGCGCGAAAUAUUGCAAGAGCUUGACGAAAAAUUGACUGACGAUGAUCUGGACAGCAUGAUUGACGAAAUUGAUAUUGAUGGAUCGGGAACGGUUGACUGGGAAGUUCUGAAGAAAGCAUUCGACACUUUCGAUGUCGAAAAAAAGGGCAGCAUCGGUACCCAAAUGGUUAGGACAAUCUUCGCCAUGUUGGGUAUUACUACAACUGAGCAGAUAUUGAAUGAAAUUAUUGCUGAAGUGGAUACCGACGGAUCUGGUGAGCUGGAAUUUGAAGAAUUCGUUACUCUGGCUGCCAAAUUCAUGGUUGAAGAAGAUGCCGAAGCCAUGCAACAGGAGCUCAAAGAAGCUUUCCGUUUGUACGAUAAAGAAGGCAAUGGUUACAUCUCAACAAAGACUCUGAAAGAAAUUCUAAAGGAAUUGGAUGACAAGCUGACCAACGAUGAACUGGAUAUGAUCAUUGCUGAGAUUGAUACUGAUGGCUCAGGGACCGUGGAUUUUGAUGAAUUUAUGGAGGUCAUGACUGGAGGCGACGACUAAACUUAACUACCACCAACAACAAUGGGGAACAACCUGGCCAAAGUAUUAUUUAAAUGGAAUCAUUUUUAUGAAAGUGAUGAACAGUUUUUCUAUUGCAAAUGGGAGCUGAGUUUAUUUUAUGUAAAUAAAUGAAUACCUAUCAGUUUAUUACAAAA